ACAGAAUAGGUCACAAAACGGCAGAGUAGCCGUACUGAAAUCAUCAUCCAGUUAAUUAUUAGUAUAAACUCAUAUUUCUUAUUUGGACAGAAUGGAAAUUUCGCCGUCUGAACUUCCUCUCAGCACAGCUCUGCGUUUGUGCAAAGAAACUACGGAUAUAGACGUCAUAAUUGAACUGACGAAGCACGAAAACGCGCGUGUUCGUAAGACAGCUCUUGUAGAAAUGUGCCCGUGUCGUGUGAAGAAAGAUUUGAGCGACUUCUGGGCGCGAGUGAUAGAAAUGGCGGACGAUGAAGACGUUUUGGUCAGGAAGCAGGUGCUUCAUACCCUGUGUGACGGGUCCCCGGCUCAUCUGGAGUUCCAGGUCGUGGAAAUGCUUGAGAUCUUUAACAGGGAUAAGGACGCGCAGAUCCGAAGGACGGCCCAUAAGGUACUCGGACAUUACUGGAAAUCUGGAAAGUGGAAUAUUCUUUGAGAGACAGGGAAACAACCAUUUGCGUGUACCCAGUGUAACACUGAGAGAAACAUGUCGCGCUGCAAGUUUGGGUGUUACUCGAGCAGGUCUCCAAAAGACCAUUUCAGUGGAUACCUACAUGAACAUAGUAUACACCUGACCACAAGAAGGGAUCAUGAAAGAAGACCCGUUGAACCGCGUUGAUUCUAAUGAAAAACUGAGUUUCGGUUGUUUUAUUCUUUUAUUUUGUACAUCAGUCUUCUGAAAGUUGUUAAUUUAGUUGUUGUUAUUAUUUUUCAAAUUUAUAAAUUUAAAUAAAAACACUUUUUCAA